AUGGAGAAUCUCAAUCAGAAACUGAAAAUCGUCUUGCAAGUCAGAGAGAAUAAGCGUCGCAAUCGCGUGCAAGAGAGUCAAGUAUCGAGCGUUCACAGCGGCUUGAAGAACAAAAUAUUAGAAAUGUACAAGCUCGCGCUAGGGAAUCGAGCUCUGAACGUUCCGAGCGCCUUCAAAAUCAGAGAGAAAGACAACAGACGGCAACGGCUAGAGUUCGCAAUCGAGUUGUAG